AUGUCCAACCUAAACCUCAUUCUUGACGGUUUCCCGAUGUUCCCGAAGAAGAUUAUCAAGAAUGAAGAAAAAGGGCAGGUGACAAUCUGGACGACAAGCCUGGCAAAAUUCAAGGAUAAGGUCAAGGACAAUGGCCUGUCCGAAGAAGAGUGGGCGUAUCGUGGUGAAAUUAUCAUUAUUUUGACAAUGGAUGAGAAGAGGGAAAGGGUUGUCAGGGUUGUCGAGUUCUUGGAUACGUACGGCUACCGUCACGUUAUCCACACGGAACUUUAUCUCCACCUUAUCUCCACGAGACUUUGGGGGAAACCUACGUCAUCCACCCAGACGAAGGGCAGAAACGCAUCAUCAACAACUGAAGAUCGUUUCGCCCCGACCGACAAAAUGCUCCGACGACCUCGACUUCCCCCUUCCCUUCGUCCUCGACUCACAUGGCAGUACGUACUCUCGCUCACCGUCGUUCUCUACAUCACCUAUUGCCUCCUUACCGGGCAACCGUUCCUCUCCUCCGACAUGCCCCCUUACUCAGGGCCCUACGCGGUGGGUACCAUGGAUCUUGAAGUCCCACGUCCGCCACGCCGCGCCGGCGAAGAAAAUUUCCACGAUGGCUCGCCGGCAUUCGAGAUCGAAACUGUGCUGUUCUCCGUCUUUUAUCCCGCCUCCAAAGGCGUCGAAAGUACAAAACCACGCCAUCCGUGGAUCACCAAACCGGUCUCCCUUACGGCGGAAGGGUAUCUUUCGUUCGCGAAGCUGAACAACUUCUUCCUCAACCCGAUCGCUACACUCGCUAUUUGGGGUCUUGUGGGGGGAAGAGAAAUACCGGCUGAGGUGGAUGUUCCACUGGCGACGAGCGAGAAAGACCUGGAUCGCCAGGAUACACUGGAGUUGGCUGUCGAACCCGAAUCGAAAUUUCCGGUAUUGAUCUUCUCGCAUGGGUUUGCGUCCUCGAGAACCGACUACACACAUUAUCUCGGGGAACUUGCGUCCCGUGGGUAUAUCGUUGCAGCGGUGGAGCAUCGAGAUGGGAGUUGUCCUGGGACAAUGAUCAUGCGGACGGAUGACGGGUCCGAGAAGCCCUUCUACUCUUUCGGACCGAGUGAUCUAGAAGGAAUGGAGGAUCUUGAUCGUGCGGAGUUCAAGCAGCGACAGCUUGAUAUGCGGCAAUUGGAAAUGGAAGAGACAUACCAAGUCUUGAAGCAAAUCAACGAAGGCAAAGGGAACGAGAUCCUCAGUGCGAACAGUCGGAAAGAAGGCGAAGAUUUAGACUCGUGGAAAGAUCGACUUGAUCUAGAUCAGUUAGCGGUAGGAGGCCAUUCGUUCGGUGCGACGCUUGCUCUGCGCACUCUGAAGGGCGCUCCGUCCGAGAAGUUUCCCGCCAAGGGGGCCAUCGUGCUGGAUCCUGGAAAGUCCAGUGGGCCUUUGAAUCACGACGUCGAUGUACCGACGUUGGUCGUACAUUCAGACUCUUGGUCCCGCAAGGUGACCAUCUUCACCGGAAGACCUCACUUUGACGUCGUCAAGGCCCUGGUUGAGGGCAUCAUCCAGCGAGGCAAAGAUGCCUGGUUCAUGACUUCUGUCGGCACAUCGCACCCGUCGGUAACAGACGCCCCUCUGAUUGAGCCACUGCUACUCAGCUGGACAACAGGGGCCACGAUCGACGUCAAGGAAGGGGUCCAACAGUAUGUCCAGACCUCAUUAGAAUUCUUAAAGUAUUUGCAGGAUUCAGAUAAAAGGGGAAUUCUGGAAGAACGGGUGAGUCAUCCCGAAUACGACAAGGAUAUUCGGGAUAAGCAAAGGAAGAAAGAGCAACACCCUGAUGUUAAGAAAUACUGGCAGAUCCAUGUGUCGCCAGUGGAAUGA